CCAGAUCUAGUCAGGUGCUUCGUUGCCUUCUGCUCGAUUGUGAGCUGAUCAGUACUUCAGUAUUCGUUUGACUCGCCCAAAAUUGUUUCGUUGGAAGCAUCAUGACACAAUUUUGUAGUGUUUUGAGUUUGAUUCUUGCAUUAACCAUUGCUGCUCAGGUUUCACCAUUGUAUGCGAAUAACGCGGUACCUGUACUAAUAUGGGGUGGUGCGGGCUCCGAUUCCGAAAGACAUUCAAUAAAUCCAUUUUUGAAAACUACUCGCAAAGAAUUCGAAUCGUUUCUGCACGAGAAGUUGGAAGGCUUGCCUCCUGUACUUCUCUUUGUGAAACGUAAUCUGUGUGUUGAAGAUUUAAUAAAGCACAAGCAGCUUCUUCAUUCGACUAUCACUGGUGAUUCAUUCUAUUAUUAUCCUGCAGUUGAAACAGCAGUCAAUGUUAUCGAAGAUUUACCUUCUUAUAAUACAACUUAUGCAGACUAUACAGAUGCUAUAUCUGAAGGGCAGUUGUCAGUUAUGACAAUUAGCAAUUUAGAUAUUGUACCACAGACAUAUGAAGCAUUGAAAGAAUCUAGUCCUAAUUUAACAGCUAUUCUUACAGGAAGAUUAUGUAGUUAUAGACAAUCCGAACGUGUUAAAAGAGAAACUACUGAAAAUAACACUAAUCCUUUUACCUUGCAAACUGCAAGGGUACUUUUCUAUGCUAGUGAAUCUCUAUUACUGCAGAUUCCACAAAAAGAUAAAGCUAUAGAGCUUAAUCCUUUAAUCGCAACAGAGACUACAGAUAAAGAUGAAUUCAUAUUGAAUCUAAAUUACAAACCAGAAUCAGAUAAUCUUACGCUUUCCUUUAAAUUUGAAAAUAGAAGUGGUUACUUUACUCUCAGGAAGGUUGUUUUGUUCUCAAAUUUUGAGAGUGACACAAAAAAUAUCGACUUAAUAACAAGCACAAAUAUUGUCUUUGCAUCAAAAUUUUCGUACCAUUGUUCAUAUAAUAUAACUUUCAAACAAGACAAUACUCACUUGCUAACUAUAAAAAAUUUCCAAGUGCAAGUAUUUAAUAAAGAAGAUUCCGCUAGAGAGGCGAAAUUUAGCGAUGCAUACGAUUGUGUUGGUUUCACUACGAUUCCAAUUUGGACAGGAAUAUUUGUUACUGGUAUAUUAGGUUUAAUUUUAGUUUGGGGUCUUACCAUGAUUAUGGAUAUUCGUACUAUGGACAGAUUCGACGAUCCCAAAGGGAAAACUAUCACAGUAUCAGCUCAAGAAUGAUAUGUUACAUUAAACUUAGUAAAACGAACGUUCUUGUGUAAAUAUAUAACAUAAAUAGUAACGACCCAAUAAACUGUUAUACCGUUACUUCCAUG